AUGGCUAUUGGUUCUAAGUGGGUGUGUAAAGUGAAGUUGAAUCCGGAUGAUAGUGUGGAUAGAUACAAAGCCAGGCUUAUAGCCAAAGGCUUUCACCAGGUGGAAGGGAUUGACUAUUUUGAUAGUUUCUCUCCUGUGGCCAAAAUAGUAACUGUAAGAAUUUUUCUUGCAAUUGCAACAUCUAAAUCAUGGCCUAUCCAUCAAUUGGAUAUCAAUAAUGCAUUCUUGCAUGGGUAUUUGGAUGAGGACAUUUACAUGCAACCUCCAGAAGGGCACACAUCUAACUCCUUCGUUGCAUUGUUAGUGUAUGUAGAUGAUGUGCUUCUAACAGGUACUUUAGAAGCAGAUAUCAUUUCAGUCAAACAGCACUUGGAUAAGCUAUUCACUAUCAAAGAUCUUGGUUGUGCCAAGUAUUUUCUGGGUUUGGAGAUUGCUAGUAGUUCUUCAGGUAUUGUUCUUAACCAAAGGAAAUACAUUCUUGACAUUCUAACAGAUACUGGACUCGUAGGUGCUAAACCAACUAAAACACCUUUCCCCAAGGGUCAAAAGCUUUGUGCAAAUAAAGGACCUCCACUAGCUGAAACAGAAAGAUAUAGAAGGUUUGUUGAGCGUUUGUUGUAUUUAAAUAUUAGCAGGACAUACAUUAGCUACUCUGUACAGCAGCUAAGUCAGUUCGUGAACUCUCCAUGUCAGUCACACUGGGAAGCUGCAAUGCACUUGCUUAGAUAUCUAAAAAGUUGUCAUUCUAAAGGUCUUUUUUAUCCAACAGACAAUUCUCUUCAUUUGGAAGCUUUUAGUGAUGUAGACUGGGCCUCCUGUUCUGAAACCAGAAAAUCCUUAACAAGUUUUUGCAUUUCUUUGGGGUUAGCUCUCAUUUCUUGGAAAACAAAGAAACAAACAGCAGUUUCAAGAUCAUCAGCAGAAGUAGAAUAUAGGAGUUUAGCAGCAACGGUUUGUGAACUUCAAUGGAUCUCCUAUGUUCUCAAGGAUUUUGGCAUUCAAUUAAAACUUUCAAUUCUUCUUUGGUGUGACAAUCAAGCUGCUCUACACAUCACUGUCAAUCCAGUGUUUCGUGAAAGAACAAAACACCUGGACAUCGAUUGUCAUUUAGUUAGAGAGCAGUUCAAACAAGGCUGCAUCAAUCCUCAACAUAUUUCUACUCAUAAUCAAGUAGUUGAUGUUUUUACAAAGCCACUUUUUGGUCCUUAA